CGCGGAGCAUCCGUCUUCUCCAUCCCGGGAGGGAAUAGAGAGCCAUUUGCUGACAUUUGCGAGCCAAACUCUGGACUGACCGUACGGGUUUGGAAGAGCAGUUUUCUGUCACUCCGAAAAAUUGGCAGUGGGCUGCCCAAAGGAACCAAAGGGAUUGAUCACAUCCCUGACAUUCCUUUUUUUUUGGAGUUUGUCCCACUUACUUUGACGGUGGUUUUUGAUCACAAAACACCAUGAGCUCACGUCAGCGAAAGCGCCCUGGAGGAGCAAUUGAUUCCAGACCAGCUCGGAAACGGAGCAGGCUGCUGCCCUCCAGCGCAGGUGGGACUUCGCAGACGGAGCCAAGAGACCUUGAGGAAAGUGCUACACCCGCUUUUGAGCCUGAAGUCAUAGAUCUCACAGGUGAAGACACCAUAGAUCUCACAGGCGAAGAUGUCAUAGAGCUCAGAGUUGAAGAUGUCAUAGAUCUCACAGGUGAAGAAGAAGUCAUAGAUCUCACAGGUGAAGACGCUGUAGAUCUCACAGGUGAAGAAGAAGUCAUAGAUCUCACAGGCGAAGACGUCGUAGAUCUCACAGGUGAAGAAGAAGUCAUAGAUCUCACAGGUGAAGAAGAAGUCAUAGAUCUCACAGGCGAAGAAGUCAUAGAUCUCACAGGUGAAGAAGUCAUAGAUCUCACAGGCGAAGACGUCGUAGAUCUCACAGGUGAAUCUUCGGAGCCUGAAGUCAUCAUUAUCAGUGACGAUGAGUCUCCUAUGGACAGGGAGCAGAGCCAGCAGCAGCUGCAUCUUUCCAGAGCAUCAGCCGAGCCACUGGCAAGGGAUGAUGAAGAAGAACCAAGAGACAUUGAUGGUUCCGCUCUCUCUAGUGAUUGGCUGCUAUUUGAUUUCGAUCUUCCAUAUUGGUCAGAUGAGGACUCAGAGGACAGGGAGCAGAACCAGCAGCACCCACAUGUUUCCAGUGCAUCAGGGAAUUCAGCUGAUCUACUGGCAAGUGAUGAUGAAGAGGAACCAAGAGAGGUUGAUGGUGCAUGGCCAGCAGGUCCUGCUAGUCCUCUGGCUGAGGAGAAUGAGGCCUCAGAGGACUGGGAGCCCCCACAUUUUUUCAGAGCAGCAGAGAAUUCAGCUGAGCUACCUGCAAGGGAUACUGAAGAGGAGCCAAGAGAUAAUCAAGGCAGAUGGCCAGACGGUGUAUACGUUGCUCUGUUUCCGGUGUAUUUUUACCCAGGGUGGUGGUAUUUGCAGCAACAGCUACAUUUCAUCAGAGCAGUGCUAGCGAUGGGGAACAAUGAAGAGGAACAAAGAGAUAAUGAUGAGGCACAGCCAGCAGGUCCUGCCAGUCCUCCAGCUAGUGAGGAUGAGGACUCAGAGUGCAUGGACAGGAAAGGAGAAAUGUUACACUGAACAGCCAGGAGCAGGUGGCUGGCUCUGGUAAUGGAGCAGGAGCUAAUGAUGUACCUGUGGCUGACUUAGCCCCUGCAGAACAGGGAGCAGAGGAGGAGGACACUGAAAGUUCAGAUGCACAGCAAGGAGUUGUCAUUAGGUGUCCGAUUUGCAUGGAAUAUUACGCAGAGUUUGUGCGACGUGGACGACAGCUUGUGGCAGCCCUGUGUGGCCAUGUCUUCUGCAGUAGAUGCCUCCCUAUUGCCCUUGAGGCUUCUCACAUGUGCCCAGUCUGCAGAAUGUACCUCGAUCCAGAGCUGUACCAUCACAUUUAUUUAUGAGUGCUUCUGCUUCUCAGGACAGACUGAGACGGAUCUUGGACAAUAGGCAGAGACUUGUUUCUUUACGUAUAUAGUUCUUCCUGUAUAUAGUUUCAUUUUUGCUGAAUUCAAUUUAAAUAAAGUUUUGAUUGAUUUUAA